AGGGGCCUAAUACCUUAACCCUGCAACCCCAAAAUAGCAAAUAGUUAUUACUGCACUGUUGUAAAUAUGCUCGUUCAGGUUGUUCAUAUUUGAUGAAGACUGUCUUAUUAUAGUCGAACCUGCGAAAAUUGAUUUUCUUUCAGAAUAAAGAUUGAUAUUGUUCUACCAACUGCACUUAUUACGAAUUAGUAUAAGAUUUUAGUUAUGAUCCUCAAAGAUAAUGCAAUAUAUAAGAUUUAUUUUUGAUGUCAAUUCCACAAACUGUGCAUUUGUUGUAUUUUUGUAAAUGAUGCGGGAAUUGAAUUGAAAUGCGUGCUCUUUAAAAUCUUUAAUUGUAGUAAUACAAAAUACGUCUUAGAUAAACAAAUACGUAGUGAUUUUCAUCUGAAAAAAGAAGCAAUUUUUAAGGAAUAAAAACUGAUUUUGUAACUUCCAGUUUUUAAAUGUUUUCGGAUUUCUCAGCAUCUCUAUCGCCAUUCUCUUACAAUAUUUACUUAUAAAUAACAGUUAUCGCUAGUUUCUUUCCGAAAAAACAAUCCGCUUACACAAAUUUACAACUAAUGACUAUUACACUAUAUAACAAAUGUUUUCUGCUAACAAGAAAUUACUGCUAUUUGGUCUAUGCACAUACAUGGCUUUUGAACAGAAUGUAAAAAAGUAUAUAUAUGGCAUAUAAUGGCAGUAUGUGUAGAAACUCUUAUGUUACAGUCGUAGAGUAAAAUGUAAUAUGUUUAUAUAGCAAUUGCUGCGGAUCGUGUUAGAAUAUUUUGAAGCCAUUCAUCAUGACAUACUUUAAUCCAUGAUCAUAUAGAUUUUUUAUGCUACAGAAAAAUGUUUUAUGUAGCAUUAUAUUGUUUUCCUUGAAAAAUUGUUCAAUUACUAAUACCAUAGAGGAUUAGAAUGGUACUUGGUUUCAUACUGCUAUGCUACUUCCUUGUAGCAAAGUGUACAUUAGACUUUACACUAUGCAUGAUUUAGAUCUUGAUUGAAUACUAGCAAACAUUAAGCAAAUUCAUAUUAUCAUUGACAUAUUAAUACAAUGUGUAAUGACGUUUCUAGCUGCUUCUGAAGGAUUAAAUUAUAUUGAAAAAUAUUUUUCAGCAAACUCGCCAGACAUGCUAUUAUAUCUUCUACAAAGGUAUUGUCAAAAGGGGGAUUCGGACCAACACAAGCUUGAUAGUCGUUGUAACACAUUGCUUCAUAUGGCAACAAAGGAGAAAAAGGUCGAUAAGAAACUCAGGCAUGUUGUGAUAAAAAAUAUUCUCGGAUGUGGCGUGGAUCGAAAUGUUCAAAAUAACGAAAAGAAGCAAGCCAGAUGGUAUUUAUCUGGGGAGCAAAAAAACAAAGACCUCAUCGAUAAUAUGCCAGCGAAAGGAAUACAAGCAUCAAAUUAUAACGAGAGAAGACAGAUAGGUAAGAAUAGUGGUACAAAUGCAGUCGGCCAUGGUAGGAAAGAAAGAACACGAACAUGUGAAAAAUGUGAACACCUUUACUCAAACGCGCUCAGAAAAUUAUCUGCUGAUAAAACAGGGGGUUUUAAGCUACUGAUAGAUUUAUUAAAUACGGACCAUACAAACAAACAUCAUUCUGACAUUGAGAAGAAGGCUGUAGAUGAAUUUGUGAAAUACAUGGAAGAAAUAAGUCACAAAGAUGUGUCGAUCUGUCUAAAUUCUUUACGAAAAGAGAAGUACUUCACGAUCAUCGAUCGCCUUUUCAGCCAUAAAAGAUGGAUACUGUUGGAAUUGACUAUUCAAAAGUACAGCACGUUGUUCGCGGUUAGUGAGCUUAAAGCAUUAGCUUCUAAUUUCACUGUGGAACCCUUGAUAUUAGAUACAUCGCUGGCGUCAGAGGAAGAUGAACUUCGUAUAGCCUGUUGCUUACUAGACAGCGGCUGGCAAAUUGGAGAUGGCAAUGGUUGUGUGGCAGUGAAAAAUGCUAUUGAAUUGAAAAAAUACAAACUGGUCAUUGAACUGAUAAAAAGGGGAGCAGAUGUUUCACGGAUGUCUCUGUACAAUGGUGAUACACCGAUACAUGCAGCAAUUUCUAUUGCUUUAAAAGAGAAACAGUUGACAUUUAUACAAGAGUUGCUGCACAUGCAGGAAGAAGAAAGAGAUAAAUAUUCAUAUCUUGAUCCGGAACAAGUAGAUGCAAACGGUGACUGCAUUUAUCACCUCUUAGCAAAAGCAAACUAUAAUGAUUUUGUUCUUCUGCUUACUGAGAUGCUUUGCAGUAAGGAUAUUUCUGCAAAUUACUACAAUAAGAAGCGUAAAUACCCAAGUGAUUAUGUAAAGAAAACACAUCCCCCUCUUCUCAAAUUUCUUGAAGAUGCAUCAAAGAUAAAGCCUUCAUAUGAUCAGAUAAUUUACAAGGAAAUUGAAAAUAACGCAAAGAGCAAGUCUUCCAACGUUGAGACCGAAAUUGCUCCGGAAAUCAAAUCUAAACACCCACGACAAAGCUUAACAGAACAAACUGAAGCGACCAGGAAACGUAUUGAAACUUUAAUUUUAUCUUUACCAACAAACGUUGUAGCCAAAAGUGCUGCUGACACACACACACAUGAGAUUGGAAAAAAUGAUACAGAUAUCACACUGACUGGUAGAAAAACCUCAGUAGAUCAAACUGUAACAAAACCAAAAGUGAUUGGGAUGACAGAAAAUAAACCCAAAAGAAUAGUAACAUUAGACGAUAUUGCAGAUAAAGUGCGUUUCGCACCGAAAAAUGUAGAAGAAAAUGACCUUGUUGCCAUAUCAGAUGUUCCCGAUUUUGAAAAUGAUGAUAUGUUCGAACCCCCUCCUCUUGAAUCAGAUGAAGAUGUUAAUGGUGGCACACAACAAAUUAGGGUACAAAAUGUCUUGCUACCGGCUAACAUCCAAAAUAUUAAAAAAAAGGAAGACGACCAAGACGAAAUUUCAGAUGCAGAUGAAGAGUUAGAACUUGAGAAUUCGUUUGAAAAUUUGACAUGGGAAGUUGAAUAUACAGAUAAAGUGCGGAAGACGUUAGAAGAUAAACAAGUCAUGUCAAAAUGGAAAUGCAAAAUAGUCCGGAUCAUUAGGAUGCUAGCAAGUGGUGACUGGCAGAGGGAUUUAUGUAGAAAGCUCACAAAUGUACCACCAACGCUACGAUUGUUUGAGGCAAACUUGAGCAAAGAUAGAAGAAUAAUAUGGGAAAAGGCAAUAAGUUUCUCGUCGAGAUGCAGUGACACUGCCGAUCGCCGACUGAAGCUCUGCCGAGAUGGUGCAUCACAAGUCCGUGGUGGCAGGAUUUACACAGAACUUAUUAGAGUAUGGGAUAUCGUUAUGGAUCAUGACAAAAUUAAAAGGUCUGUAGAAAGAAUUAAACUUUCACAUCAACGUGGCGAGAGCUGUGUCAUACGAAGAAAACUAAAGGGUUUAAAAAAGGAAAAUGAUCAACGCAUUAGAGCGCCCGACAUAACAUACCCUAUGCUGUUUACCGAAAAUGAUUCGAAAGAUGAUCCAGGGCGUCAAAAACAGGUGCAACAUUUCCCUCCUGCCAGUGCUGAUGAAACGGAAUACCAUAUUCUGAAGUUCUAUCCUUGGAACACAACGCUUGUGAAGCAUAUCUUGCAUAGCAGCAACGUGAAAGUUGACUUCCCAUUUAAGGUCACUGACUUAGAGCAUGCUAUCAUCAAUUUGAGUGGAAAAGAGGCAAUUUUAUUACUUGGACGCAGUGGGACAGGGAAGACAACUUGUUGUUUAUAUCGACUUUGGAGCCAGUUCAGAUUGUACUGGUACAAUAGGCCAAUCGAUGCGCCAUUACUCCCAGGUUCAGAAAGAACACAAGUACAUGAGAACAAUGACCCAUGUGAAUUAGAAGACAAAGCUGAAGAAAGCAGUGAAACUACAUGUGAGGAAAAUAUUGGAAACGAAAACAAUUUCUGCGAGGGAAAUAUUAAAAAUGAAAAUACUAAACAUGAAAAAAAAGAUAAUUGUGUUGAGGAUUCAGAUACAUGGGAACAUUUUCAUCAGAUAUUUGUUACAAAAAAUCCUGUACUUGCAGCUGAGGUCAGGAAAACAUUUAACGAUUUUUUGAAAGCCGAUGACAAUUUAUCAAAACAUCAAUCUGAGAAUAUCGACCAAGCUUUACCAAAUCGUCUCCAGGAUUUGCAGGAAAACGCAUACCCACUGUUUCUCACUUCAAGACAGUUGCUGUGUAAACUUGAUGCUUCUGUUGGCAAUCCGUUUUUCGAGAGAGAAGAAGAUGGAUCGAUGAAGUAUCAUGUUGAUGGUUGGGCGGAUACGGAUGAAGAUACUACCGAUCUCCAUUUUUUGGAUUACGAUUCCGCUGAUGAAGAGACCGGUAUAGCUGAUGGCACAGUUAAUGACAACGAUGAUGGCAUAGGUGUCAACAGGAACACAAAGGAUGAUACCGAUGUAAGUAGGGAAGUUACGUAUGAUGUCUUUGAAAACGAGAUGUGGCCAAAGUUGGGAAGUAAGACAAAUGCAGAUUAUCACCCUUCUUUGGUAUGGACGGAAAUAAUGUCAUUUAUCAAGGGCUCAUAUGAAUCACUUACCAAACCAAAUGGCUGUCUAUCGAAAGACGAAUAUAUCGACUUAGGAAGAAAAAGAGCACCCAAUUUUUCUGGAGAAAGGGAAGAAAUCUACGAUAUUUUUGUUUUGUAUGAACACAAGAAGAAACAGGGUCGUAUGUUUGAUGAAACGGACGUUGUUCGCAGUGUAUUUCAGAGACUCGCGCAGUUGGAAACAAGUCCAGUCGCAAUACAUCAAAUUUACGUAGAUGAGACACAGGACUUCACACAGGCAGAACUGUUCCUUCUAAUCAGACUUUGUCAAAAUCCAAAUGACAUGUUUUUAACAGGCGAUACCGCCCAGAGUAUAAUGCGUGGGAUUUCCUUUAGGUUUAAAGACCUAAGAUCUCUCUACUACCACGUUAAACAAAUGACUGAAGAAACAAAGAAAACUUCUAAGGCUUCAAAAUCUGUAACAGUGCAUGUACCAAACGAGGUACAUCAACUCACCUACAACUACCGUUCACAUUCUGGCAUUCUGUCUCUAGCUUCAAGUAUCCUAGACAUUUUGUCGCAUUUCUUCCCAGAGUCAUUUGACCGUUUAGAUCCAGACCAAGGACUUUUCCAUGGUCCAGAGCCCAUUCUGCUUGAAUCUUGCAGUUUUAGUGAUCUGGCUGUGUUGUUAAGAGGAAACAAAAGAAAAACGUCCAAUAUUGAGUUUGGUGCCCACCAAGUAAUCUUAGUUGUUAACGACGAGGCCAGAGAUUGUCUGCCAGAAGAACUAAGUUGUGGACUUGUCCUGACCAUAUAUGAAUCUAAAGGCCUUGAAUUCGACGACGUGUUACUGUAUAACUUCUUUAAAGACUCUCAGGCCUCUUCAGAAUGGCGAGUUGUUACAAAACGUCUUGAGGAACUAGCGUCAAAAGUUACAGAUAGGUCAUCCCGACAGACUGAGAUGUGCGUUAGGAUUGACCAGGAUGUGUUAACAUCGAAAGGUCGCCCAAGACCAUUAGACUUUGACCCCAACCAACACAAGAUUCUGAAUUCUGAAUUGAAACAGUUAUAUACGGCCCUGACACGGGCAAGAGUUAAUGUUUGGAUUUUCGACGAAGAUCCUGAUAAAAGAGGACCAAUGUUCGAAUAUUUCAAAGCCCGAAAUCUUGUGAAGCCUGUUAAUGUAACAGAAUUAAAUGAAGAAAGUUUGUCAAACACGAUAUUUGUGGUGGAAUCUAGUAAUCACGACUGGAUACAACGAGGAGAUGACUGUAUGAAAAAUCGCUUGUAUGGUGUUGCAGCAAAUUGUUUCCGCAGAGGCGGGGAUCAGAACAAGCAAGUGUUGGCCCAAGCACAUGACAUGGCGCUAACGGCUUCAAGAAAGAAAGAUAAACCAAAAGAAAUAAAAGACAUGAGAGCUGAAUUCCUGUUUGCCGCCGAAAUGUAUUUGAAUUGUCAACACCUGACUGAAGCAGCCAAAUGUCUUAGUAAUGCGAAGGAGGUGAAGUUAGCUACAGCUCUUUACAGGAAACUUGGAGAGUAUGACAAGGCCGCAGAACUUUGCAAGAAAAACAGACAGUUUGUAGAAUGUAGCAGAUUCUAUGAACUUUCGGAGAAGUUCAAUGAAGCCGUUUCUAUAUUGUAUGAAAACAGAGAAUACAACCUUGCCGUUGAUGUAGUAAAAAGAUAUAAAAUGCGUGAAAUGGAAAUGGUGAAGAAUGCUAAUCCGUUGCUAGACCAGCUUAGAGCCAACAAACCAUUAUAUACAGAGGAGAAAAUAAGUUUCAGGGCAGCAGAAGACUUCCAUAGACGUAGUAACAUCAAGGAGAUGCAUGAGGCUGUCAGUAGAUUUCAAUACGAAGAUGACAAAAUUGAGUUUUACAAAGGAAUUGGAUAUAUAUCUGAUGCUGCGAAUAUGUUAGCUAUUGCAGGUCGAUUUCCUGAGGCUACACAUUUGCAUUUGACGUCAGGCAAUCUACAAAAUGCAAUAGAUAUGGCAAGAAGGUCAAGAGAUGACAAACAGAUAGCGAAAUGUUUACUCGAUAUCUCCAGGGUAACCAUCGAAAAUAAAGAGGAGAUGCCAUCAAACCAAGCCGCCGUAGAAGAUGAUUUGCAGCAAGCUCUGUCUGUCUUUAAGAAUUGCGGAGACAAAACUAUGUCGGGACAAGUAAUGCUUUUGCAAGCACAACUAUAUAACGAUGUUAAAUAUGUUUUAUCUGCAGGGAAAGAGUUUAUUGAAUCACGCCCAUAUCCGAAUGAAGCAGGUUAUGUAGAAUGCUGCAUUCAACUUACACGUUUCAUGGACCAUAACAAUCAAGAAAUUCUUAAAUUUUUACUGAAAGGUGCAGAUUGCUUGUUCAACGUUUGCAAGACUUUUGUCUUGAAAGGUAGCUCUUCAAAUAUAGGACCUUUGUCAGAGGCAAAAUUCCAGUCAUACUGUCAGUUUUAUGGAAUAGUUCAACAAGGCCAUAGUAGUCUAGUGACAUUUCCAGCAACCAAACCGCUAUGUGCUAAAAUGAUAAAUCACAAUUUCAAGUUGAGCAAUCAUGAGAAUUUAGUCUUGGAGGCAGAACGAAGUAUUAACAAGAUUGUAUAUUAUCUGCUGAGAGAAAGUAAACCAUGGUUAAGAUUCGUGAAGAGGGCAUUGAUUGAUCAACGAGUUUCAUUACAGAAGUGCAGAUCACUUCAUUUAGGCAAGGACAGCACAUGUAAUGAUGUAGAUACAGAAGCUUGCAACAUGAUGCAUACAGAACACACUAAAACCACUUUUAAACAGUUGAUUGAAACUGAUUUGCAUUUAGUUGAGUACGAAGCAUAUUGUUAUAAAGCAGAUGGCAUUUUGAAAUGUUGUAAGAGUGAACAUAGUAAAGGAAUAAAAAAUCUACUAUCAGAUAUGAAAGCUAAAGAAAUAUGUGUACACGCAGAUGAAAGAUACGGGGCGUGUCGAUUCUUAUGGAAAGAUUUUCUACCAGAAUCUGGACACCCUUGGUUUCUGGCCGAGGACAGCGGUCAGUUUAUAAAACCUAAUACCGUAGUACUUGCACAUAUGAAGCAAUACUUGCUCAACUGUUGGAACGAAAGCACAUAUGGCAACAGAAAGAUAGAAUGUAGAGCUGUUAUUGAAACGGAAAUAUUCCUUUUGUUUGAAUUUGCAUAUCACCUUUUUCAUUUUGAAACUAAAACUGGAAAACUCAGAUUUGAAAGAACACCAAAGCAAGAAAUGAUUACUUUCGAAAAUGCCCUUGAUAAUGAACUUUUAAAGGACAGAAAUCCAACAGACUUUAUAAAACAGGAAAAGAAGUAUACUUUAAUGUCAUCGUUUGUGGAAACACAAAACAAGCCAGAUAGACGAAUAUUCAUUACUUGUGUGGCCCAUAGGUUUACAGAUGCCUAUGAACAUUUGAUAAAAGGUGACCCAUAUGCUGCUAUUCUGUCUUUUGCAAAAUUUCAAACGCAGCUGAGUCAGCGAAAACUGCAAGAUAGAUCAAUUGCCUGUUUCUAUCCUGACAUCCAUCACUAUCUACUUUGGCUUGAAUUUAUUCUACCCUUGCUUUUUUCUUUUGCCAAAUCAAAGACACAAGUAGACACAGAGUUUACUUUCAUUGUUCCAAACAAUUAUAUAGCACUGCUGCACUUCAUCCAGGCCACGUUUCCAAAAGGAUCACAGUCAAUAUAUGAAUCAAUAUCAAGGAGAAAGAAGCAUCAGAAAUUUGAAGACAUUUUGUUGGAUAGGGUGAAAAGGUUUGCAUUUGUCAUUUCGGGACAUGCACAAGGAGCAAAGAUACCUGAAAUCAUUUCAAAGAGAUGCAAGGAAGACAACAAAGAUAGUGUACUACAAGAGAGGCUCAUUAUACUGAAUAUGACGAUGUUAUGCAAUGUAGGAAAAUGUGUACCGGUAGAAUGUGAGACAAGUCUCUUCAAUUCUGUUAACAGAACUUUCUCUUCGCCCAGCAUACCACCACGACUGAUAAAAAUUCAUGAUCAAGUAAAAGAGUUCAAAGGUAUCAGAGAUGUGGCACAAUGUUUGAAAACGUUCCUAAAUAGUCGAAAUAUGAGCGAACAAAUACAUGCCGUUAAAUGGACACCAGACUGCAAAGAAAAAUGUACUGUUUUAGAAUUAGAUAUCAGUUUACUCCCUUCAACAUUCUUAAAACAGACAUCCACAGCACGCACGGUCGAAACGCAAGAAUCAGUUGAGGACAUUCCACAAGAUGCGGACCUUACACAGGAAGAAGCCUUACGGACUUUACAAGAAAAGGAAGAGUUAGGAUUUACAGAAAGUAAAACCGCAGAAAAACAAACAACAGACAUCGACUCUGCUUCACACAAUGAUUACAUUCUCGAUUUUGUUUCGAUUGAUGAUAGCGAAUGUAGGGCUUGUGAGAUUGGCUUCGAAAGUUACUUAUCAACCAAAGCAACUGGAGAGGAAUGUGAAACUGGAGAGAACCAAAUAUUUAAACUAUCAAAGGGUUCGGAUAGUGCAGUGAAUCCUAUGCAACGACAAGAUAGCCAGAUUGAAAAUGAUACCUACAAAGAAUUGAUAAUUAAAGCAAAGCACGAACAUGAAAAAGAUCCCGUGCAUAUCCAAAACAUUGAGCACCUGGAGAGUUUUAAACGCAAUUAUGAAACGCAUUUAAAACCAUUAAUAAAUCGUGUUUAUGAUUUCCUUCAGAAUGAGAAAUACAACUUGUCUGAUGAAAUUUACGUUUCAAAGCACUACGAACACUAUAAAGACGAAAUACAGAGGCUAAAAAGAACUCAUUUGAGAAUAGAAAAAGUGCUUGGAGAAAUAUUUCAGGACAGAAAGUGGUCUGAAAAGCAGGAAUAUGUGAAUCAGAUAGCAGGUGAGCUUCAGAACGACCUAGACACGAUAAGUGCUUAUGUGGAAGAACAAACAGAGAAAAUCGGGAUACAAAAUCGCUCAGGUGCAGCGAGAAUAGAAGCAAAUGCAGCUCCUAAUGGAAAUAAAGAUACUGAAGAAAAUGAACUCGAGAAAGUUGUUCUUGAACCUGUAAAACUAACAAGGAGAUACAGAACAGGAAAGGAAAAGCGAGUUCUCAAGAAGUUACGUGAGAAGAAUAAAAAACAAGGGCAGACAUGAACAAGACAUUUGAGAGCUACUGGCAUUUAUCAUAAUUAUACUUCUUGUUUACAUUGUUAUGACAAGUUACAGAUCUAAACGUUGUUUUAUUUUUUUAAACCAUAUUUUAUUAAAAACAAGUCCAUGUGUA